AUGCUUUCCAAGGCAUUUCUCCCUCUCUUAUUCGCUGCUGUGGCAUCGGCACAUACCAUCUUCCAAGAGCUUCACGUAAAUGGAGUUAGUCAAGGACACAAAGUCGGCAUCCGCUAUCCGAACUAUAACGGACCCAUCACGGAUGUCACUUCCAACGACAUCAUCUGCAACGGUGGACCAAACCCUCUCGUUACUCCUUACUCCAACACCAUCAUCAACGUUCCAGCUGGCGCAACUCUGACUGCAGAGUGGCAUCACGAUAUUACCGGGGCGAACCCUUCCGAUGCUUCGGACCCAGUCGACCCAACCCACAAAGGGCCUAUCAUGGCCUAUCUUGCAAAAGUAGACAGCGCCUUACAAACAAGCGUGACAGGACUGAAGUGGUUCAAGAUCUGGGAAGAUGGUCUUGGAUCCGACGGGAAAUGGGCUGUCGACAAACUCAUCGCAAAUAAGGGCAAAGUUAGCUUCCCCGUCCCAAGUUGCAUCCCUCCUGGCAAUUACUUCCUUCGUGUCGAGCUUGUGGCCCUCCACGGUGCUGGAUCGUAUCCUGGUGCCCAGUUCUAUAUGGAAUGUGCUCAAAUCAACAUCACUGGUGGUGGAUCUGCGUCUCCUCCCACGGUUUCGUUCCCUGGAGCGUACUCAGGCACAGAUCCUGGAAUUACCAUCAGCAUCUACUAUCCUCCUGUUACAAACUAUAUCAUUCCUGGACCACGGCCAUUCACCUGUGGUGGAUCCAAUACGAGCGUCACUCCAACCUCAUCUACAAGCUCCCGUGUCUCCAGCUCGACCUCGAGUUCUCGUUCUUCCAGCACGUCCAGUCGCGCAUCAACCACUUCUUCAGCGGCGACGGGUAGCCAGACACUCUAUGGUCAAUGUGGUGGUCAAGGAUGGACGGGUCCAACGACCUGUGCCUCUGGCACGUGCAAGGUCUCCAACCAGUUCUAUAGCCAGUGCCUGCCUUGA